CCAAUGUCAAAUGUGAAAGCCAAUGUCAAAUACAAAAACCAAUAUCAAAUGCGAAAGCCAAUGUCAAAUGCGAAAGCCAAUGUCAAAUACAAAAGCCAAUAUCAAAUGUGAAAGCCAAUAUCGAAUUAGAAAGUCAACGUCGAAUGUGA